AAAAAGUUUCAGCGGUUCAUUGGUGAAAGACUAGUCGUCAUUUCUGACUCUCGCGGUACUGCUGAACGAAGAUGGCGGCCGAGCUGGUGGAGGCGAUGAACAUGGUCAAAAGUUUCCGGGUCUCAGACCUACAGACGCUGCUGGCCUCAAUGGGCCGCAGCAAAAGUGGGCUGAAGCAGGACCUGGUGGGGCGUGCUUUGAGGCUAGUGCAGACCGAAUACAGCCCAGAACUGCUGAAGAAUGUCAGACAGCUAUACGAGUCACGCUUCCCCAAGGCAACUGGUUGGCUGGCGGCGCGGCGUCCAGAUGGGAUCCCGGUUGCAUACUCGUCCCUCAGCUCCUCCCCCACCACCACCUCGCAGAGCGCAGACUACCUCAACGGGAUCUCCAAACCGCUCCUCACACCUGGAGCUGAGGUGAAGUUGGUGCCUCUGCCUUUCUACCAAACCUUAGAGACCCUACUGCCUCCAACAGAGCUAAUUGCCCAUAACAACGAGAAACUACAGGACAGUCAGUGUAUCUUUGAAUUAACACCAAAUCAAGCAGACCAGAUCAGAAAUGCAAGUGAGAUUCGUCCAGGAAGCCGAUCCAUCCAAGUGGUUCUCAGAAUCUGUUACUCAGACUCUAUUGGUGUUCAGGAAGACCAGUAUCCUCCCAACAUUGCUGUCAAAGUCAACCAGUCCUACUGUCAUGUACCGGGAUAUUACCCCUCUAACAAGCCUGGAGUUGAACCCCGUCGUCCUUGUCGUCCCAUUAACAUCACUCCUUGGUUGCAUCUGUCCAGCGUCACCAACAGAGUCACCAUCACCUGGGGGAACUUUGGCAAGCGUUACUCUGUGGCCGUGUAUUUAGUGAGGGUCUUCACAGCCGCUGACCUUUUCAACCAGCUGAAGCUCUGCUCGGUGGAGAAUCCAGACCGCUGUCGUGAACGCAUUCAAGACAAACUUCGUUUUGAUCCAGAGAGUGAAAUUGCAACCACAGGCCUCAGAGUUUCAUUAAUCUGUCCACUGGUGAAGAUGCGACUCGGUGUACCAUGCCGAGUUUUAACUUGCGCUCAUCUCCAGUGUUUCGACGCAGUCUUCUUCCUGCAGAUGAAUGAGAAGAAGCCCACAUGGACGUGCCCCGUCUGUGACAAGCCUGCUCCGUUUGAGCUGCUCACCAUUGACGGGUUAUUGUCAGAGAUCCUGAAAGAGACGAAUGAAGACAUCGAGGAGAUCGAGUACCUAACAGACGGCUCCUGGCAACCCAUCAGGGAUGAGAAGGAUAAGGAGAGGGAAAGAGAACGCAGCAGCACACCAGAGUACUCUGUUGUUGACAUAUGCAUUCCCGAAGCAAACGGACAUUCUCCGGCCCACAGCAGCACCAGUCUGACGGGCAGGCCUGGAAACGGUUCCAUGGGGAUGACUGGAGUCACGGCAGCGCCCACGGCGGCACCAGGAGGCGGGGUAGUGGUGGAUCUGACUCUAGACGACUCCUCUGAGGAGGAGGGGGGGGGAGGGGCUGGAGGAGAGAGCGAGGACACUGAGGACAGCGCCGACAGUCCCACCCCCAAAAGAGGGCGGUACAACUACGACAAGGACCUGGUCACCGCGUACUGACCCUGCAGCUCUGUCCCCUCACAGACUGACAGAGAGGCGGGGGGCUGAGAGCUGAAGGCAGGAACACAGUAAUUCACUAGAUGCAACAACCCCCACCCAAAAAAAACAAAAUCAGAGCCUUUUAGCAGCUCUAGAUUAAAUUCAGACUAAACCAACAAGCUUCAGCCCAGAGGGACGAAGCUUCUCUGUACCGAACAUCUCUGGAAGCAACUUUUUUUUUUUUCAUUCGUCACCUUGCUGUGAGUAUCUGUGCAGUCCUGCCUCUUCAAGAGACGGGUCAGUCGGAUCACCCCGCCACCACAUCCACCUUUUCUCCUCUCUUCCUAGACUAUUCCCUCGUCCUGCCUUUAUUUGUAUAGACUUGGAAUUACAGGAUCUUUUAGCUGUGAGAUGCUUGCUUCUGAUUUUUUUGUCACUUGUGACGAACAGGAAAGAGGCCCCUCGGUAGCUUUGGAAUGAAGAUUUACGAGAAAUAAACGCCAGGAAACGUGAAUGACCUGACCGGUAUAUCCCAAGUGUGAUAGAAAUGUAAAAUUUUUCCAUAGACGAAUUUAAUUCAAACCCUCAAUAAUUCAUUCUUUUAAUUUGUGGAAGGGCAGAAGUCAGUGUGUGAUGCUUUCAAUUUUUAUUUUGGACAAAGAGAACCUACCUCAGUCAUCAAAAGUUAGCCGACUGACCAGGGAGUAGCUUUGGAAGAAGUGGAGGGCGGAGGAAUUGAGUCAGAUCCCUGUUUAACACUGGAGAUGUUCUGUUUUAAAUCUAUAAUUUAGUUCCCUUUAUUCCACGCAGCCAUGUUGCCGCUGCAACAACACAAAAUAUAAUCAACUUGGUGGAAAGAGAGCAGCUGUGUGGAUCACCAGGCCAUUGCAUUUGGGCCAGGAGAUGUAAAGCGUUAGAGCAAAUGUCAAAAGCAACAGAGUGAACGUGUCGACUCUUUGCCAUAGCAGAAAUAUGUUCGGAAUUCCCAGACAGGAAAUGGUUGUGAAGCUUAGGCAGAGGAACUUGGGACUGUUUGUUUUCGGGCCAGCUGAUCGUUUCUAGACGUUUGAAUCUGUUCAUUUGUACAUUCUGAUGUCAAAAGAACAAACCAAUCCACCUCUAGAAGUGCUGUUAUCUUAUAUAUUUUUUUAAAUAUCAUUUUUGUGUUCUCUAUUUAAUUUCUUUGCAUUUUCCUAACAGUUGUUUGCGGUUUGAUGGCAUCCCAUUAGGCUGCAGCGUUAGCCGGUAUUUUCCAGAAUCAGGACACCUCCACGGCUGGGAUCUGGGCGUUUAGCGUGCCGUUUCUGAGCGCUGCUGCUUCGUUCCUCCACUGAGUCGAUUCAGCCUGUGGCGAAGAUGUUUUCAGGGUAUUUUGCUUCAGCACAAAGUCACGGUUUCAAUUCAGUUGUAUUACAAGUGGUCCUGCUCGGUUUGACCAGAGCGGCUUCUGCCAGCUUCUUCAGUACAUACAUGUGUGUUAAAAAACUUAAUUUCCUACAUUCUGAAGGAUUAAAACUCACAUUCAUCUCUUAUCUGCAAUAUUAUUGUAAAUAUGUGACGGCUGCUCCUCAGAUUCUCAGGCUAGAUGUGCAGGAUCCAGAUGGGAUUCGUGUAACUCUGCUUCUAGAGACGGUUGAGUAGCAGGUCCAGUCCCGUGUCUUGCGUAAAAAAGUCUGAAAUGGUGAAACUAGCGAUUCUGCUCAAAGGCUUUUCCUUUGUGUCACUCAGUUUAACAAACAGUCACUCAUUGAUUUGGACCCUCGCUGUUGAUGACUGGGAAAAGAUCGUCAAAUCUUGUCUUCCAUAGUCUCUCCCCUUCAUUUGACAGAUAACAGUCAAAGUUCAGAUGAAAACGUUUUGGUAGUCCACACAAACCCACGUCUGUAUAACCUGACAUUUGUUCUUAAAGUAUAAAACUCUUUGAAGUCGAAUGGAAAAACUAGUGAUGCCUUUAAUUUGGCACUUUGUAAGUAAAUACUUUCCAUAUGAAAUUGACAUUCUUUUAAUUUGUUGCUUGACGUAGGUUUUGUUUUUUUCCUGAGUGGAUCUUCUAAACUUCCAAUAACCUUGUGGUUGGAGAUGAGGUGGUUUGGGUUGCUGCUGUGGAACUGAGCCAGACACGUUUGGAGGUGAAACAGCUGAGAAUCUGGUCUUUUAGUGGCAUCUCCUCUUCUAAUGAUGCAUAAGGUAGCACGGACAGAGGCUUAUCCAUGAUGUACAUGUUUUGUGUUGUUUUUUAUGUUCAUAUAAAGACAAUAAAAUUUAAAUAAUAUUUUAUUAAGCCUUGAAUUGCCUCCAGUUGUUCUUACAGGCAAAUGGACAUUAAGAAGCUGAGAGCAGCACCACUGGACUCUGAUGUAUCUGAGGACUGGUUCAGGGGUGGAUUGUCAUGUCCUCUACCAAACGCUCAGAUAUCGGGACGCAUUUUGAUGCCUGUUGAGGAUGAAACUGUAAAAUUUGAAAUGAACGUAAUCUAACAGCUGUUAUUGAUGUGUUGAAUUAAAACCGGUUCUUAAAUAUG